CGCAUAUAAGGGCGGCGGCCGCCAGCGGGGACACCCGUGCUGGGGGCUGCCAGGGCGAAGGUGACAUCAUGGUGCUGUCCGCUGCUGACAAGACCAACGUCAAGGGCGUCUUCGCCAAAAUCGGCGGCCAGGCCGAAGAGUAUGGCGCCGAGACCCUGGAGAGGAUGUUCGCCUCCUACCCCCAGACCAAGACCUACUUCCCCCACUUCGACCUGGCAAAGGGCUCUGCCCAGGUCAAGGGACAUGGCAAGAAGGUGGCGGCUGCCCUGGUCGAAGCUGCCAACCACAUCGAUGACAUCGCUGGUGCCCUCUCCAAGCUCAGUGACCUCCACGCCCAAAAACUGCGCGUGGACCCCGUCAACUUCAAACUGCUGGGCCAGUGCUUCCUGGUGGUGGUGGCCAGCCACAACCCCUCUCUCCUGACCCCGGAGGUCCACGCUUCCCUGGACAAGUUCCUGUGCGCUGUGGGAACCGUCCUGACUGCCAAGUACCGUUAAGACGUGUACCGUGGCUGGAGCUGGACCCGAGGGGCACCACCAGCCCUCCAACAGCGAGCAGUCAAAUGUUCUGAAAUAAAAUCUCUUGCAUUUGUGCUCCA